AUGAGGCGUCAAUUUUCAGCAGGAAGACCUUCUUCCAGUAGACCGUAUCACCAAUGUGAACUAUCACCCUAUGAUAAGAACUAUAGAGGAUGCAUAAAGUCUGACCAGAGAGAUCUUAUAUUUGAGCAUCAACGUGUGGCUAAAAUGUCCAGGAGAGAUCUUGAGGACAACUAUAUCUCUAUCUGUGAUGAACAUUUUACAUUGAAACGAGAAAAUCAUGCCAAUCAGGAAAAGAUUAAGAGGCUCAUCACAAAACUCCUGAGAAUCACUUCUUUUGACAUCAAAAGCACGUCUAAUCGCAGUCGAGAGACUUUGUCUGUAGAGGAACGUGUUCAGCUGAAGAUUUUUGAUCUGGAAAUGCAGAAUUCUCAGCUGAGAGAAAAAUUGGGAGCUAUUUGUAAAAAAUACGGUAUACCACUGGCCUCCACAAGACCAUCUUCCGAGAUGAGAGAUCGCUUUGGAUUAGCCUUUGAUCGACGAAAUUCUGGGAGUCGGCUUACAUUAGACGACCUUGCACCAUCUCCAAAAGAGGAUGGCAACAAGGUAGUUGAUGCAGAACAAAGAGCUCCAGAGCAGGAAGAACUACUAAAAGAGUACAAGGAUCGAGUAGAAGAGUUAACCAAAGAACUGGAAGCUCUCAAGGAGGAACUCAAAGAUGAACACAAGAAGAAUAAGGAACUGUUCAACCAAGUCUCAGAGCUACGAUUGCGGAAGCAUAUUGCAGAAAAUGUUCAAUUAAUUCACAUUAGAGAGAAAUUAGAUGAACUGAAGAAGGAAUUUAAAAGUAAAUCUGAGAAAAUGGAUGAGAUCGUCAAACAAAGUACAAUGGCUCUCAAUGAGGAAAAGAAAAAGAAUGGUGAACUUCAGAAAAAUCUGUUCGAACAAACGGAGAAAUGCGAACGAAUUGCCAAGCAAAUACGUGAAUUGGAACAAUCUAAGCGUCUUGUGGAAGAACUCCGGGAGCAACUAACAGAAGCAGAAUCAGAAAAGCAAUCCCUGAAAACCCAACAAGAACGAUUUUCAAUGCUCCUGAAGGAGACAUCAUCCAAAAGCGAUAAGUUUCAUGCCCUUCAGACAAAGAACGACUCCCUUCAGAUGAAUCUGGACGAAGCAAAAUCCAGCGUAAUAGCCCUUCUGCAUUCAAAAUCCGAAUUGGUUGAGAAGAUAGUCACCUUACAGAACGAUUACGAUAGGAUUUCCGUGGAAUUGGAAGGCUUCCGGAGUCGGGCUCAAUUUCUCAGCGAUGAGAAUGAACUUCUUAAUGAGAAACUCCACAAGAUCACCAUCAGAAGCGGGCCAGAGGCUGUGGACGUGACCAAAGAGAUAAUGGCGCCAAAAGUGUGUGAAAGCGGAGCAAAAAUGUGCACAUCCAUCACGAGCCUCACGAGCGAUGGAUCGAGGUCAGACACCUCAGUUUCCCUAAUUUCGGAUACCUUCCUAAUUAGUUCACUGGACAUUGGAGUGGGAAGAGGAAACUAUGAUAGUUUGGAGAGUCGAAACCGGUUGGAUGUACUCGAAAGAGCAGCGUUCUAUCAGCCCUAUGCCUUACCAUCUCCAGAAAGUACAAAUGAGAAUCUAACAUUCCAUCCAAAGUAA